AUGGCGAAACUAACUCUAGAGCUCAAAAUCAAUUCCGCAAAUAGCCUUCUGAAUGUCAAUUUCAUCACAAAGAUGGACGUUUACGCCAAAAUCAACAUUCGUGACGAAAACACCCAGAAGAAACAAAAGGCGAAAACUAUUGUCGAUCGCUCUGGUGGGUCUAACCCGAUUUGGAAUCAAGCUCUCAAAUUUUCCGUCAACGAGAGGUUAGUCCGUGAUGGUCGUUUGACACUUGUCAUGAGAUUAAUUUCUCGUCGAAUCCUAGGCAACAAAGAAAUCGGAAGAGUUGGCAUUCCGUUACUUGAGCUUCUGAAUUCAAUCUCGCCGCCAAUUAGCAGUGGCAGUAACAAUCAGGAGAUGAAACUGAUGAAUCGUGAGGUGAGAACUCUGUCUGGAAAACAAGCAGGAUUUUUGAACUUUCAGUACAAGUUUAAAUCGGAUUCACCAGUGAUGGUUAAUCAAAAUUCGGAAGAUGAGACACCAGCUGAUCCUCCAUCACCGCAAAUGGAGCAUCUACCUUUGGCUCCACCAGAAGUGUCGAUUGAGUUUCCUAGGCUGCCUGAGCCACCAAGUCAUCCUUCAUCACCGCAAAUGGAGCAUCUACCUUUGGCUCCACCAGAAGUGCCGAUUGAGUUUCCUAGGCUGCCUGAGCCACCAAGCCCGGAGCAAGCCAUUGAUCAUUUCAACUACAUACCACCAUCACCGAGCCUCCAAGGAUAUGAACCGUACGGUUAUAGACUGCAGACACCAGAAGACUCACUACCGCCGGCACCACCGUCGUCACCAACAGGAUAUGGAAAUGGAAGGUGGAUGUAA